AUGGGCCGCUUGGGGAUCGCCCUGCUGGCUGCGCUCAUGUCCUCCCUUCCCUGCUGGCUGGGAGCCCCCUGCCCACCCGUGCCCACCCCCAGCAACAUCACACAAUUCGUCUGCACCUCCCCGUCCCUCAGCAGCUUCCCGACCGGCUUCCCCGAGGAGACGCUGAUGAUCUCCGUGGAGUUCACCAACCUCUCCAGCAUCGGCCCCGACGCCCUGCAGAAGCUCCCCAAGCUCCGAGAGCUGCACCUCUCCAGCAAUCAGCUGAGGAGCCUGCCCGGCAGCCUCUUCCGGGAUCUGCCAGCGCUGCGGGUCUUGGAUCUCACCAACAACCUCCUGGAAGACCUGCCCCCAGAGAUCGUGGACUCCUAUAGCCCUCUGCAGCACCUGGUUCUAAAUGGGAACAGGCUGGGGGCCUUGGAACCAGCGUGGUUCCAGAUGCUGGGGGCGCUGGAGUGGUUAGAUGUCUCCAAUAACCGGCUGCAGGCCCUGCCUCCAAAUUGCUUCCAGAACCUGAGCAGCCUGAAAAGCCUUGACCUGUCCAAUAACCACCUGGACAGGCUGGCCCCGGAGCUGCUGGCCGGCCUGCCCAGCCUGGAGAGGUUAAACCUGGAAGGCAACCAGCUCCACUCCAUUGUCGAGCACACCUUCGACCAGAUGCCGCACCUCAGGUACCUCUUCCUCCAGCACAACAACCUGAGCUCGCUGCCUGCGCAGCUCUUCCGAAAGCUGGCCCGGCUGGGCCACCUGGAUCUCUACAACAACAGCCUGACCUCGCUGGCCCCCUGCUUCUCGGAGCAGAACCUGACGCUGGAGCUGGAUCUGUCCGGGAACCCGUGGGCGUGUGACUGCGCCAUGCUCUCCUUCAUGCAGUGGGCGACGGGCCGCUCCGUCAGCCUGUACGCCCUACAGCACACCCGCUGCGGGACCCCCGAGAACCUCAAGGGCCAGACGGUAGCAGCCGCGACCAAGGACACGCUCAGUGCUUCCUGUCCAGCUGCACCAGCAGAGCGCCCGAGCCCCUGCAGCCUCCCUCAGAGCCAGGCUUCCUAA